AUGGAAUUUUCCCCGCCCAUUCACAUAGUCUCGCCCACCGAGUCACCCCAAUUCAACAACCUCAACUCGUUGCUGACUCGUUCCUCACUCGUCGGCCUCGACGCCGAAUGGAAGCCUGUUCGUCAUCAUCAAUCAACUUUCCCCACGGUCACUCUUCUCCAAAUCGCCUGCCGAGUUGACUCGGAGUCGCUCGUGUUCUUACUUGAUCUCUUAGCGAUUCUUGUUUCAAUCCACGAGUUGUUGAAACAAGUAUUCGAGUCACCUCGUAUCUUGAAAUUAGGGUUUCAAUUUAAACAAGACUUGUUGUAUCUGUCUUCUACUUUCGUAUCGCAAGGCUGCGAUCCUGGCUUCAAUAAGGUGGAGCCAUAUAUAGAUAUUGCAAGUAUAUAUAAUGCAUUACAAUACAAACAAAUUGAAAAGCCGAGUAAGAGCUUGGCAGCUAUCUGCAAGGAUGUGCUCGGGGUUUCUCUUUCCAAGGAGCAACAAUGCAGUGAUUGGUCAUUUCGUCCUCUUACUGAAGAGCAAAUUCGGUAUGCAGCUGCAGAUGCACAUUGUCUGCUUAAGAUAUUUGAUGUCCUGCGAUGCAAAUUUCGAGAAGAAGUUUUAGGGAAUAUAUUAUAUGCUGUUGCUGAGAUAAAUUUGUUACACGAAUUAAAUCUUAGAUUGAAGCAGCCUGAUUCUUGUCAUGUGAUUAUAAAUACCAAGUUUUGCAAUGCUUUAGAAAUGGUCCAAGCUAAAAGUACCGAAUCUCAAGAAAUAAUAAUCAGUAAGGAUUGUGAAUUGAGAUGGCCAUCAGAAACACACCAAGAUAUUGAUGACAUAAUCCUGCGAAUGGUUAGAAGAUAUGGUGACAAAAUUGUGUUGAAACUAUCUGAUAGCAAACCUGAGACAUCCAAAAGGAAGGGGAAAAGACAUACCUCCAAUGGAUUGAGGAACAAACAAAUUGGAUUAGAAAAUAUUGACGAUUGGGAAGGCCCUCCACUUUGGGAUCUGUCACUGGGAGGGGAUGGAUGCCCUAAAUUUUUAUGUGAUAGGAUGAUUGAAGGCUUGGCUAAACAACUGAGGUGUGUCGGGAUUGAUGCUGCAGUUCCUUACAGUAAAAAACCUGAUAAUAGGACCUUAGUAGAACAAGCUGACAAAGAGAAAAGGGUGCUCUUAACACAAGAUGCCAAAGUUUUGAGACAUGAUUAUCUGAUUAAAAAUCAGAUAUAUAGGUUGAAGAAUCAUCUGAAAAAGGACCAGCUGAUUGAGGUUAUUAGUACUUUUCAACUGAAUAUUGAUGAAGAUCAGCUGAUGUCAAGGUGCACAAAAUGUAAUGGUAGGUUCAUCGAGAGACCUCUUUCAAUUGAAGAAGCAGUUGAAGUUGCAGAGGGUUUCCAAGUGAUACCUGAUUGUGUGUUAAAAAAGAAAGUAGAGUUUUGGCAGUGCAAAGAGUGCAACCAUCUUUACUGGGAGGAAAAACAAUAUCAUAGAGCUUUACAGAAGUACAGUGACUAUGCAAGCUAA